GUACACGUCAUUUGUCGCUAAUGUUGCAUUGAAGAAGCUACUCGAGUCUGUCGAUGACAGCGUACAAGCUGCCAGGCUGCAGGCGAGGGCGAAGCGGAGCAUGGAUGAUUUGGAAGGGAUUAAACUGGAAAUGCUGAGGAGGGCUGAAGGAGGAGGGAGAGAAGAA